AUGAUCGCGGACGCAAUUGCAUUUUCGCAGCCAGUGGAAAAAAUAUACGAUGUGCUACCCCCUCCAAGGCGUGAUUUAGACGAUGUACUCGCGAUCUUGUUCACCGGUCCUUGUCGUCCGAAUGAAGAUGACUUCAAACGCACUCCUUUACUAGUUCGUCCUUUUGCUGUUGUUGCUGCAUUGGAUUGGCUUCUACUUAAUCAUUCCGAUUACGGUGGUGUCUCCAUAUCGCAUGCUAAUCUUUCUGAGUAUCCGGAACAUGAGCCUCCAGUCACUGUCCUCCGUCGUGGAUCAGAUGGCUCAACGCCUGCUGAGUCGAUGUCGGUACACGAGGUUGACGAAGAAAGAGGAACUACGGAAGGUCCUUGUCCUUUUGUAGUUCACGGUCUAUCAGCCGCUGACGUUGCUACCAUGUCCUAUAAACCCCGGAUUGUCACCGCUCUGCAAUAUUUUCAUGGUGGAGGUGCUGUUCUAGGCUACGGACACAGUGCGAAGCCCGAAAGCAUCUACCACAAUAGCAGCUUGCUUCCAGGCAUGUUUCCAUGGUUAUUUCCAUACAACCUUGGAGGUCUCGAAAAUGUUUUGCUUAAGGCUCACAUUCAUCGCACUGCGCAUAUUCGGUCUUCCCUUUCAUUGUAUUCAAUCAGCAACAAAUUAGGAACUCCGCUCGAGGUGGUUAUCUACUGA